AUGGCCAAAAAGUGUUUUUUGUGUGAUUCAGAUGACGGAAUAAUUGAUUUUGAUGAUGAAACUUUUAAAAACUGUGCAUUAAAGUUAGCUUUUCGUAAAAAAAAAAAUUUUAAAUACAAUUUUGUUGAGCUACCCAGUGCGUCACUCCAAUUUGUAGGUUAUCAUACCACGUGCUACAAAAAAGUGACUGUUUUGAAUAAAAAAUAUAACGAAGAAUUUCUUAAAUUUAUCGCUGAAUAUACAGAGCAUACCGAUGUAUCUACUACUGAAGAAGAACCACAACAGUUGAAUCCUAGUGUCGAUUCCUGUACUACAGUUGCUGAGGAUGAAACGAGUAAUGUUGAAGACCUGCCUCAAACUUCUGGGGGCUUUGACAAGGAGCAGUCAACAUCAACAGCAUCGACAUCAACAGCAACGACAUCAACAGCAUCGACAUCAACAGCAACGACAUCAACAGCAUCGACAUCAAGCACAAUUAUUUGUCUUUUAUGUGACCACAGCCAAAAAAGAUGUGGAAAGAAGCUGGUUAAUCUUACUUUCCCUAAAGGUGACAAAGUACCACUACAGAUCAAAAAUAUCGCCGAAAAUUUAAGCGAUUCGGAGAUUCUCUCCAAACUUCAACAUCAAACUAUCGCGUACCAUCUGCCUUGUUACGCACUGUAUCAAUCGAAAAAUAAGCGGUCCACGGAAGAAUCUACCGAUUCCACGUAUAGUAAAUAUCGACAGUUACAUCAGUUGGCUUUUCAAUCCAUAUCAAAUUUUAUUGAGACAGAAAUAAUUGAAAACAACCAAGUUAUGUACUUGGCUCAAUUAUUUUUAAGAUACCAAGCUUUAUUGCUAGAGUUUGGAAAUCAUGAAAUUGAUUUCGAUGAUAUUCAAGAUUACCGAUGUGAAACCUUGCAAAAAAAGUUAAUGAAGAAAUUUGGUAAUCUUAUUACGAUUGAAGCGUCAAUGGGAAUACGUAACAAAAAAAUUGUGUACAAAACAGACAUGGACGUUUCUGUAAUGGCUAACAAUUUUAAAUUUUUGGAGACAAGAAAUGAUUAUGAGUUUGAAAAUGUAGCAUAUUAUUUGAGAAGUUGUAUUAAAAAUAUAGAUGUUCAUCCGCUUUCUCGCAACGUAACUGCUGAUGAUGUCAUUCGUGGAGAAUGUGACAUUCCUAAGCAAUUAAUAGAUUUUAUGCGAAACCUUAUUGAAGGACCUAAUCAUUCUGAUGAAGAUUCGAACGGACUGAAAGCUAAAAUAACGUCAAUAUGUAGUGACGUUAUUUAUGCUGUCACUAGGGGUGCAUGUAAGCCCGCAAAAAGUUUAUCUCUUGGAUUGGCAGUAAAGUCUUUAACCAACUCUAGGCAAGUAAUUACGAUACUUAAUAGGUAUGGCCAUACAAUUGGAUAUAAUUUGGCAGAAGAAUUGGAAACCGAAAUGACGUAUACAUCGAUCCAAGUUAACAAAGUUAUACCAAAAGGCAUCACUGCAGCAAAUGGACACAGCACCCACGUAGCGUUCGAUAAUUUCGACCGCUUCGUUGACACAACUUCUGGAAAGGACACUAUGCACGACACAGUUGGCAUUAUUUAUCAAUUCUCUAGUAAUGGAACUGAUAAUUUUGAUGAUGGUGAAGCUACAACUUCACCAGCGCCUCAAGUAAAGGACAACACAAAUGAAGAAGGGCCUACCCGCAAGAGAAGGCGUUUCAAUGAAAUAUCACGAGAAAUUCGACCAUAUUAUUCGAAACCUAAGGCAAGUAUGCAGCUGAUUACUGUAGAUUCGUUUACCAACACAACCGAGUUAUGCAAAGGUGCUACAGAAAUAGCUACAGAUAAAGAUUUACUAUGGAUAAUGUCGUUAUCAAGAAUUGAUUCUGUUCCUAUGUGGUUGGGUUAUAACUGUAUGAUAUCUUUAGACCACAGUGAGAAGCAAAGAGUUGAAUAUUUGCCUCCCAUAAAUUCAUCACCAACGUCGUAUGCAGUAGUCAAUGAAACAUUAAACAUGGCUAAAGAAAUCGCUGAAAAAUGUCAGCAGCCAGAAAUUAUUGUGAUAUAUGAUUUAGCGAUAGCAAAAAUGGCUAUGCAAAUUCAAGAACAAGAAAAACCGCUAUACAAUAAAAUUUUUGUUAACUUGGGAGCGUUUAACACAGAGAUGGCAUUUUUUAGAGCCAUCGGAAAAUAUAUUGACUCCAGUGGAUUAGUGGAAAUACUGGUGCAAGCUGAAGUAUUAGCCGGCGGCUCCAUGAAUAGCUUUUUGGACAGCAAGCACUUCAAUCGUUGCAAGCGCUUACAUCCGCUAACCGCUGCCGCAUUACAAAUAUUACAUUUUGAACAGUAUUUAUCGACAACUAAUGUUACACUUGAGGCGAUGGAUGAACUGCUGCAAACGCAAAUACAGAAUGCAUCAAAUCAAACUGCUUAUGACGCCAACGAAACUAUCGAGUUACCAGAUGUAUUGAGUCGAAUUGUUAACGGUUAUAACGAAUUCUGCAAUCAGACUUUAAUCGGAGAAAAAGGGAAAACUGCUCAAUUUUAUUACCAGUACUGUGAGUUAAUUAAUUUAUACCAUCGGUUUUCCAGAAGUAUCCGCACCAGUAACUUUGAACUGUACGUGGACUCGAUUUUCAACAUGGCUGAUAUUUUUUUUGCGUUAAACCAGCCCAAUUAUGCCAGAUGGUCCUUGUUAUAUUUGAGCAAUUUAAUCAAUUUGUAUACUAAUAAUUCAUCUUUGGUGGCUGAAUUUCGUCGAGGUGGCUUUGGAAUUAGACGAACUGCAGCGAAUUUCGCUCGAUCACCGGUUGACUUGACGCUAGAGCAAACCAUCAAUGCUGAUGCUAGCAAUCAAUUGGCUGAUAACCUUGCUGCGGAUUCAAUAUCUGCACGUCAAAGAUGGGCACUCAGUCAUAGCAUGAGGACGAAGAUAUUAACAUCUAUCAAACAAAAAAUCGGAUUAACGAAAGAGGAUGAUACUUCGCACUCAUUGCAACGAAGUAAAGUUAAGAAAGACAAGAAAAAUCUUCAGAGUAUCAUUGAAGCAAUAAAAUGUACGAUGAAUCCAUUUGAUGACACUAUUGACAAAGAUACAUUAUUCAACAUUUCAACCGGUAAAGCUGCAUCGAAAGAAGUUACUGAUUUUCUGCUGAACGUAAAAACAGCAGGCUCGCAACAAAAAUUAAAUUUUAUCUCGGAAUGCUCUUCAACUCCCGGAAGAUUCGAUAAAUCAAUAAAACGAAACAAAAUCUGCAAUUUUGCUUCUCAAUGUAUGACUAAAGUCUUGAGUACCAAAGACAAGAACAAGAAAGUAUUGUUGAAAAUGGAACGAGAUGUAUUUGGGCGACUUUUGGCAAUAAGUCUAAACAAAAAAAUUAAUCUCGAAUUUUGCCUAACUUUUCCACUAGCACCAUUGCCCCCUGCUCUUUUUGCAUGUGCUGGAGAGAUGUUAAAAACUUCAAAAUCAACGUUAGCAAAGGUUUUGAAAUCCAAAACUAAAAUGGUUGAGCCAACUCAUAUCAACGUUGAAAUAAUAGAUGGUUUUUAUUACUUGCAUAUAAUCGGAGCUGCUAUAGCUCAACCUUUUGAUAAAAUUGCCGAGUCAAUACUCAUAAAAAUAUGUUCAACAAACGCGACAGAAAUACAUUUAAUUUUUUAUCGCUACUUAUCACCGUCAAUCAAAGAUUCCGAACGUGAAAGCAGAAAAGAAUUCGAUAUUCCGUACAAAAUUUCAGGACCUCAGCAAACUAGACCAAAAAAUUUUUUGCAAAGCCUUAAAAAUUAUCGCUUUAAAGAGGCUCUGGUGCAGUUUCUGGCUGAUUAUUGGCAAAACGACAAUUUGGUAACGAUAAUCCAAAACAAAAAAAUUUUUUUAACCGUCGACCAUCACUGUUACUCUUAUCAAGUUCAGGAAAAUUCCGUAAAAAAAACUGAAGAAACUAAUUAUGAAUGUCAUCACGAAUAGGCAAAUACAAGGAUUAUUUUUCACGCUUCUAAAGCGGAACCAGGCUCAAGAGUUUUAAUUAAAGCCUCUGAUACUGACGUUUUGAUUAUUUUGUUAGGAAAUAUGCACAAACUUAUCGGAUCAGAAAUUUGGCUUGCCAGU